UUGUUUCUGCAUUGCAGAUAGCUUAUCUUGGGCAUAGUUUGAUGAAAAUGGCUCCUCAAUACAAUAUCUACUUGUGUGGUAGCAUACGAGGAGGGAGACAGGAUGUGCAAAUUUAUGGAAAGAUUGCAGAAAAGCUGAAGGAGUAUGGCACAGUUCUGACACCUUUUGUGGCAGACCCAAAUGUGCGCGAUGAAGAAGACCUAGAUGACAGGGCCAUCUUUGAGAGGGACAAUGGUCUUAUGGCACAAGCUGAUGUAUUGGUUGCUGAAGUGACAGUGCCAUCCCUUGGAGUUGGAAUGGAACUGGGAUGGGCUUUGAGAGAUAAAAGAAUACCAAUCCUUUGCUUGUACCGUCCUCAAAAUGAACUAUCAGCCUUGGUGAGAGGGUUAGCAGAUGGCAAUACAAAUCAGGUAAAGGACUACAAAGAAGAGGAGCUGGAUCAGAUCAUAGAAGACUUUUUCAACAUCCUAGCUGUGAAAAAUGUUGCAGAAUCUGGCGACAAGUGAGAAGUUCGUUUGUAGAACACACCAGGAAUCACUUUCUGCCUACCCCAUGUUGAUUCCAGUCUUACUAUUCAUUCCUGUUUUCUUUUAUUAUUAUUUGUUCCUACUUCAUGAUUAUGAUUAAAGGAUCUGGUAUUGACACUGG